ACCCCUCUGGGUCGCGUGGCAUGGCUUGACUCCGGUGGGCUACACCCCAUUCUGGUAGUAUUUAAAGAGGGGCUCUCUGCUCUCCACUCCACUACAAUCCUGCAGUCUGACACAGACACCAGAGAACCAAAACAAACCCGUGGAGUGUGCGCUUCUGUUGGGAACUCUUGGAGGAAAUGGCUGGAACAGUAUUCAUCAGAUCAUGCAUCGUUCUCUGCUUGCUUAUACACACGGCGCUGUGUCAAGACUGCUCUCAGCCCUGUGACUGCCCAGCUGAGAGCCCUUUGUGCCCUGUAGGCACCAGUCUAGUGCUGGAUGGCUGCAGCUGCUGUAAAGUGUGUGCCCGACAGGCAGGAGAGCCCUGCUCUCUCCUGGAGCCAUGUGACCAUCAUAAAGACCUGUAUUGUGACUAUGGUGUGCUGAGUGACACUGAGACAGGCAUCUGCAUGGCUCAAGAGGGUCAGACGUGCGACCUGGGUGGUGUGAUUUACCGCAGUGGUGAGACGUUUCAGCCUAGCUGCAAACAUCAUUGUGUCUGCAUGAAUGGGGAGAUUGGCUGCGUGCCGACUUGUGCCAGCAACGUUCGGCUGCCUUCUCCAGACUGUCCCUACCCAAGACGCGUCCAGAUCCCUGGCAAGUGCUGCGAGGAGUGGGUGUGUGACCAGAUCCCACAGGAAGACACCUUCCAGUCAGCAAUGGCUGCAUAUAGAGAACUGUCUGGUCCAGAUGUCCAGCCAGAGAGCGCAAGGGACAACUGCAUUGUCCAGACCACUGACUGGAGUGAAUGCUCUGCAACCUGUGGCAUGGGGGUGUCCUCUCGUGUAACCAACGACAAUGAGCAAUGCCAGCUGGAGCGGCAGACCCGCAUGUGCAUGAUCCGCCCCUGCAACGCAGCGCUGGAAAAGGACAUCAAGAGAGGGAAGAAGUGUGUGCGGACCCCAAAGAGCCAGCGUGGGAUGCGUUUCGAACUGUCCGGAUGCCAGAGUGUCAGGCUGUAUAAGCCGAAGUUCUGCGGGGUGUGUACGGACGGCCGCUGCUGCACGCCUCACACCACCGCCACGGCUGAGGUGGAGUUCCGCUGUCCCGAGGGAGACUUUUUCAGGAAGAAGAUGAUGUUCAUUAAGACCUGCUCCUGUCAUCACAACUGCCCCCGUGAAAACGAUAUCUUCCUCGCCUCAAACUCACGGAGAAUGAUCGGGGACUAUGAUAAUGACAUGUGAGGAGCUGACGAUCAUACACACACACACACACACACACACUGACGAUCAAGCACAUGUGCACAUGAGGCAGCUCCGUGUUUUACUGGACCCUGAAAUUCUCACGUCUCGUGAGCAGAUAAACGAGAAUGUUUGACAUGAAGUGGGCAUCGAUAAUGGCCCCGCAAAUGUUUCUUCUCUUGUUUUUUUAUUUUGUGAAGCUCUGAAGUCAUCUGGCUGUUUGACUGGUUCUGCUAUAGCAGGCCUAAAGCACUGAGAACUUUGUGUUAGUAGGAUAGUUUACUCAAAAAUGACAGUUCUGUCAUUAUUUACUCAACCUCAUGUUGUUUCGGGAGAAUCUUGAUGCAGCUCUUUUCCAUACAAAGAAAAUUCAAUCAGCACAUCCAUAAAGCUAAAGAAAAAGGAGCACAAAGCACCAGAGAACCAAAACUGAACUCCAUAUUCCAGAUUCUCAAGUCAUGAUGUAAUUCAUUAUAAGGAAUAGACUAUUUAAAUCGAUCACUAUGGUCAAAAGCUGCAUGAAGAUUCUUUAAAAAUUAUCCUUUUCUGGAGAAAAUUGGCAUGGGUUCGGAAUAGCUUAUUUUGAUUACUGAUUUUAAAAUAUAUUAUUUUAGUUAUUUUUGGGUAAACUAUACCUUUAAGACAUUGUGGACAUAGAGUACUUAAUUCAAUCAUUCAUAUAAUGAGUUAAUUUCAAGAACGUUUUCCUUAAUACAGGAAUAGAUUGAAAUGACAAUAAUGUAAUCAUACACUUGAUAUGUAUUUUUUCGUUUAAUUUGUCAGUUGGGUUAUCAUUAUUUACGAUUAUUUUACCUUAAAACAAGGAAUAAUAUUUAACAACUGACCUUAAUAACUUUUAAUGUUUGUAUCUAAUUGAACCCAAACUGUCGAGUAUGAAAAUCACUAAUGAGUCCCAAAGUAUUUUGGGAAGAAAACACUCCAACAAACAAGGCUCAGAUAAUGAGAUACUGCCUAGAUGUUGUUUACUGUUUAUUUAAUAGGAAAUGAAUGGAAAGGAACUGAACAAUGACGAAUACACCUUGUGUAAAUACUGUAAGAAGACCGUGUACAGAUUGUACUAAUUUAUGUAACUGUCGUUUAACUCUUAAGUGUAGUUUUGUAUGUGUACUGUAUUACUCUGUGUUCAUUGUAAUCACCUGGCAAUGAUACCAGCGAGUCAUUUUCUGAUGCACUUUUAUUUUCCAAUAAAGAAAUUAUAUUUUUAUAUA